AUAAACUGCGGAUUUAUAUAUGUACUGUUUUGUUGUUUAGCGCCUAAAUGACGAACUUAGCUAAUCCUUCACAACUUCUACCUCUUGAAUUGGUGGAUAAAUGUAUUGGAUCGAAAAUUCACGUCAUUUUAAAAUCUGAUCGGGAAGUUGUUGGAAUUUUCCUAGGUUUUGACGAUUUUGUCAAUAUGGUUCUGGAAGAUGUCACUGAAUUUGAAACAACAUCCGAGGGAAGAAGAGUUACCCGACUUGAUAAAAUAUUACUUAAUGGAAAUAAUAUUGCUAUGGCCAAAUUAACAGACGAUCAAGUAAAUGAAUAUCACGAAAUUUUCUUACUAUUCGACACUGUUGGUGAUAAUAAAAUAGCUGGAUCCCAAUUAGGCGAAGUUCUUAGAGCUAUGGGACAAAAUCCAACAGAAAGUGAUGUAAGAAAGUGUUUGAAAGAUCGAAAUAUCAGGUUAAGUUUUGAGCAAUUUUUGCCUAUUUUAACUGGUAUUUCCAAGACAAGGCCACAUAAUACUCUUGAGGAGUUCACAGAAGGUUUUAAGGUCUUUGACAAGGAACAAAAUGGUACUAUCAGUUCAGCAGAACUAAGACAUUUAUUAACCCAUUUGGGUGAUAAACUGUCGGAUGAUGAAGUUGAGCAAUUACUUAUGGGUCACGAAGAUCCUCAAGGAAAUGUUAACUAUGAAAAUUUCGUAAGAGCAAUUGUAGGAGGUGGCAACCUUUAA